GCGGCCGCGCGAUGCCCGCGCUGUCGCUCGGGACGUGGAAGAUGCGCCCCGAGGACACGACGGACGCGGUGACGCGCGCGAUCGCCGCGGGCUACCGCGCGAUCGACUGCGCGCCGGUGUACGGCAACGAGAAGGAGGUCGGCGCCGCCAUCGCCGCGUGCGUGGGGGGCGACGCGAAGACGCCGCUCGCGGGGGUCCCGCUGACGCGCGACGACCUGUUCAUAACGUCCAAGAUCAUGACGCACGAUCUACCUCCGGAGGCGUUCGAGGCGCGCGUCCGAGAGACGCUGGACGAUCUCGGGAUCGACGCGCUCGACCUCCUCCUCCUGCAGUGGCCGCACCCGCAGCUCGCGUCCAUCGCGGAGCAGUGGACCGAGCUCGAGCGCCUCGUCGACGCGGGGUUGACGCGUCACAUCGGCGUGAGCAACUUCAGCGUCAAGAAGCUCGCGACGCUGAUGGACGGCGGCGAGGACGUCUCCGGCGGAGAGGACGUCUUCGUGUUCGGAGGGACGCGGAUCCCGCCCGCGGUGAAUCAGAUCGAGUGCGGCGCGCACUUCCGCAACGACGCGCUGCUUCAGUACUGCAAGUCGCGGGGCGUGCAGGUCAUGGCGUACGGAUGCCUGGGCAGCGGCGAUCAGUUCUCCGAGCUCGGCCCCAUGAGGCGAAAACGCUCGGGGCCGGCGCCGCUGACGCAUCCGAUCGCGCGCCGGCACGACGACGGCGAUCCGCUCGACCCGGGCCCCGCCGCCGCGGUGUUGCGUUGGCUCAUCGAGAGAGGCGUCGCGUGCGUCGCGAAGGCGACGACGGAGGAGCACCAGCUGGAGUGUCUGCGCGCGUGCGUCGCGGGGGUCUACCCGCCGGAGUGGAUCGACGGGUUGAAGGCGUUCGGGUCGUACGAGGAGCAGUACAGGCUGCAGCACGGCGCGUUUCACACCGGCCCCGGGAAGCCGUGGAAGACUCUGGAGGAUCUGUGGGACGAGGACGUGUCGUACAUGGAGGGGAGGGACUUCGAGACGCCGGCAGGGUUCGCGCUGCGCGCGGAUCCGCCAAAGUACGCGCGCGCGGCGCUGGAGCCGUUGCCGGGGCCCGAGAUGGGGACGGAGGACGAGGAGGAGGAGGAGUAGUGUCAUCGUCGCUUUAUUGUGCCACGUGUAAUAGCUGAGAAAAUGGCGCGAGAG